AUGAUUGUCGGCUCAUUAGAGCAUGCACUCUCAAGUACUGGUGGCUUUUGCGCUGGGCGGACAUUUGUCGUCUAUCAUCAACGUUUAUGCGGUUUGGGUUAUUGUUUUUCAGCAUCAUUACCACCACUACUAGCAGUUGCUGCAAGUAAAGGUCUUGAUAUUAUCUGUAAUGAUCCGGAACGUUUAGUACGUCUACGUCAAAACUCUAAAAUAGUUAUCAAUGGAUUGAAGAAAGCUUUCGAAGGUACAAACUUUAUGAUAAAUGGUGAUAUAUUAAGUCCUUUACAGCAUAUCUAUUAUGAAGGAUGUAAUGCUGAUCAAAAAUUGAAUGCAUUAGUCAAAAAGAUGCGUAAACGAGGUUAUUUGUUAGCUCGAGCUUUUUAUCAUGCAGAAGAAUCAUUUACACCUAAAUCAAGCAUACGAUUGGCAAUACAAUCGGAAAUGUCAUAUGAUGAAUUAAUGACAUUUGUUGCAACAGUGAGAGAGGAAGUUUUUAAUUAA